GUUUUUGGGCCCAAAAUGAUUAUUGGAUAAAAAGGCAUUUGAGAGAUGUUACCCGCCAAAAGAAGGGGAGGGUUAGUUGAGUUCUUUGAAUCUCUGAAUGGGACAAUGUGAAUGCGGAAGAACACGAGAGAAAGAUAAUGGGAGUGAAUGGGAGCAUUAUUGUGUACCUAAUAACAAGUCUUCUACUACUGUCUACCACAGUUUCAGAAUUCCAAGAACCUCCUAAAGAUGCAAAACUCUACAGUGACAGUCCCUCAACUGCACCUUCUUCGUCAUCUUCUGUAGUGCCGGCGUUGUUCGUCAUCGGAGACUCCUCCGUGGAUUCUGGAACCAACAAUUACCUCGGCACCUUCGCACGUGCCGACCACCUUCCUUACGGAAGAGACUUCGACACCCACCAACCCACCGGAAGGUUCUCCAACGGAAGAAUCCCCGUCGAUUAUCUUGCUCUGCGUCUUGGGCUUCCUUUUGUGCCAAGUUAUCUUGGGCAGAAAGGGGCUGUGGAGGAUAUGAUGCAUGGGGUUAAUUACGCUUCUGCUGGCGCUGGCAUUAUUCUCUCCAGUGGCUCUGAAUUGGGUCAGCAUAUCUCUUUCACUCAGCAAAUUCAGCAAUUUACUGACACCCUUCAGCAGAUUAUAUUGAGUGUUGGAGAGGAUGUUGCCACCACUCUCGUUUCUAAUUCUGUCUUUUAUGUUUCUAUUGGAAUCAACGACUACAUUCAUUACUAUUUGCUCAAUUUUUCCAACGUCGAUAAUUUGUACCCACCUUGGCGCUUCAACCAAUUUUUAGCAUCUUCUCUUAGGCAAGAGAUCAAGAACUUGUACAAUUUAAAUGUUAGGAAAGUGGUGAUCACAGGACUUGCUCCUAUCGGCUGUGCUCCUCACUACUUGUGGCAGUACGGUAGUGAAAAUGGAGAAUGUGUUGAACGGAUAAAUGACAUGGCCAUUGAGUUUAACUUUCUCACCAGGUACAUGAUUCAAAAUCUUACUGCAGAGCUCUCUGAUGCCAAUAUCAUCUUCUGUGACAUCCUUGAAGGUUCCAUGGAUAUUUUGAAGAAUCACGUGCGUUAUGGCUUUAAUGUCACAACUGAGGCCUGCUGCGGAUUGGGGAAGUAUAAGGGCUGGAUCAUGUGCUUAACACCAGAAAUGGCAUGCGGGAAUGCUUCCAACCAUAUCUGGUGGGACCAGUUUCAUCCAACUGAUGCAGUGAAUGCCAUUCUGGCAGACAAUAUAUGGAAUGGCCAGCACACUAAAAUGUGCUAUCCUAUGAACUUGGAGGACAUGGUAACUCAAAUGAAAAAAUGAUAUUGUGAUGUUAGUUUGCUCAACAUUUUGCACAUAAGUAUUUGGUACCCCAUGGCUCUACUUAUAGGUUGGUAAUUUUCCUCCGCCUGUUGCUGAAAAGAACUAUGUAUAUACAUAUACGUUGUACAAUGGUUAUCUCUUUUAUUUGGGCAAAUAUUAAUGCAGA